AUGCGCGAGCAAGAGCUUACUUCCUCAGGCCAUGCUAUCAAGGUGGCUCUCGAAAUUCUUGAAAGGUCGCUGAUGCAUCCGAAUUUCACGAAUGCCGGCGAGGUCGACAGUCUCCUAUACACGACGAAGACAAAUUAUGAAAGGAGACUACCAGCGAUGCCUAUAGCCAAUUUAGAUACCAAUGUAGACAUGGAAGCAGUGGAUUUCGACCCGGACCACGAUAGAGGAUCUCGAGUACUGGGAAAGGGCUCUGGCGAGUCUGUUUCCCAGGAGAUCAACUUCGAUAACACCUCCCUUGACGAUUGCAUCGCGUUGCUCGCCAAGGAGCUUGAAUUCAGCAGAUUUAUAAGCGAGGCGGGUUUCCUCACGAACCCGAGCCUCGCCGAAUACAGCAAAAUGACGAGGCUCUUCCAUUCGAUGCAGGCGAUCCCUAGCUGGAGCAACGCCCGCGACGUGAGGAACCUGUCGAAGAGGAUAAUAGGCGGGUUCCUCGAAUCUACCGAUUACGACUGCGCCCGCCAGGCCCGGCUCAUCCCCGCAGCCCACAUCACAACCUGCAUGCGGGAGAUGAUCACGUAGCAGCAAGAUCGCUACAGCGCCACGGCGCCAAAGGACGGAGCUUCUUCCUCCCCGCCGCCACCACUGCAACCAUCGUCAUCUUCCAGGGGCAUGGAGUGUCAUCCCAUGAUGUUCAACCCGCUACUAGCAACGCCACCUCCCCGCCACGGCUACCACUACCAGCGUACCUACCUAGAGCUGAGAGCAGCUUCUUUGCCACGAACAACAACAGUAGCUAGCGCCUCGGUGAGAACCCGCGGCCAGGCUCUAAACAGCUUCCUAGCAUCCCAUGCUACCGCCGCCGCCGCCGCCGUUCGCACAACGCUCGCAGCGUGCAAGGGGAGAACUUAGCAAGCUCCAGCAUCCGAGAAGAGGACGGGAUGCAUUUUAUGACGGAUGAGAAGGUCCAGGCGAAGUUAAUAUAAAAUAAGGGGCCUCUGGUC